AUGGACGAUCUUAGGGCGGAGUACACUCGGGAUGUUACGCCAGCGAUGUUUCGCCGUGUCCUUCUGGGGGAUCCAGAGUUGAAGAAAGCCGGAAAGAAAGUGCUCGAAUCUGGACCUGGUGACAAUGUGUUCAUCUUCUUCACCGAUCACGGUGCUCCGAAUCUAAUUGGAUUUCCUAACGGAGAGCUCUACGCCAGACAACUCCAAGACAUAUUUACGAACAUGAACAAGAAAAAAGGUUACAACAGUCUGGUUAUGUAUGUCGAAGCAUGCUACGCUGGAUCUAUGUUUGAAAAUCUUCUGCCCACGAAUAUGCGAAUAUUUGUCACAACCGCAGCAAACGCACACGAAUCGAGCUGGGCCAGCUUUUGUGAUGAUCCGAAAGUAGGCACUUGCUUGGCGGACGCGUACUCUUACACCUGGAUGUCAGACUCUGAACACCAUGAUUUGAAAUCCUGGACUUUGUCUAACCAAUUCCAAUUCGUGAAAAAUCAUGUACAAAGUAGCCACGUCAUGGAAUACGGGGAUAUGAAAUUGUCCAAUACUGCUGUUGCCGCGUUUCAAGCUGGAGAUAGGCGUCCGCUUCUCAGUAAUAAACGGAACACUGCAAAGCUUGAAGCACUCGACUCGCGACCGGCUGUUCAGGCUCAUUUGGUUCAUCUGAUGCACCGAAUCAAAAUGGCCAACACGCAGGACAAACAAGAGCGAGCACACCGACACUUAAAUCGCGUGUUAGAGCUUGCGAAAAUGGCACAAGAAACUAUGGAUGAGAUUGUCCACGAUGUAACCCAGCAGGCUGCAACUCCUGUUGCUCGAAACGAUGUGAAUUCGCACCUGGACUGCUACGAAACAGUGUUUGAGAACUACAAAACGAAAUGUUUCAGUAUUCAACAAGUUCCCGAAGUGGCCCAAGAAUUGCGCAAGUUGGAUCAGCUGUGCAAACAAGGUUAUGAGGUGGAGAAGAUUGUGCAAGCUAUAUUCGACGUGUGCGGUUAA